UUUCAUUUCAGGCUGUUUUUGAUUGUGUUGUAACAUCACUCAAAAAUGUCGUCAACAUACUCAUUGUGUAUAUAUUAUUUCAAUUCAUUUUUGCAGUAAUAGCUGUUCAGCUAUUUAAUGGAAAAUUUUUUUAUUGCACUGAUGAAUCAAGAUUAUUUAAAGAAGAUUGUCAAGGUGAAUACUAUGUAUAUUCAGACAACGAUAGACCACCAACAGUAGAGAAAAGAGAAUGGAAACAACAAGCUUUUCAUUAUGAUAACGUGAUGGCUGCUAUGUUAACAUUAUUUACUGUUCAAACAGGAGAAGGUUGGCCACUUGUUUUGCAAAGUUCCAUGGAUUCAACAUAUGAAGAUCAAGGCCCAUUGCCCCGUUUUAGAGUUGAAAUGGCCAUUUUUUAUGUCAUAUUUUUUGUAGUGUUUCCAUUUUUCUUUGUUAACAUCUUUGUUGCAUUAAUUAUCAUCACUUUUCAAGAACAAGGUGAAAAAGAAUUAGAAGAAGGUGAUUUAGAUAAGAAUCAGAAAUCUUGUAUUGAUUUUGCAAUACAAGCAAAGCCUCUGCAGAGGUACAUGCCCAAAAACAAAUAUGGUAUCAAAUAUAAAAUUUGGAAAGUAGUUGUAUCAACUAUUUUUGAAUAUUGUAUUAUGAUAUUAAUUGUGCUCAAUACUUUACUACUUAUGAUGAAGAAUUUCUUCAAGGAUCCUUGGAACACAUUUGAUUUUAUUACUGUGAUAGGAAGUGUCAUUGAUGCUUUGGUUAUGGAAAUUGGGGUAAGUACUCAAGUUAAUUUCUUCAAUGUUGGUUUCCUUCGAUUAUUUCGAGCUGCCCGAUUGAUCAAACUUCUGCGUCAGGGUUAUACCAUCCGAAUACUUUUAUGGACUUUCAUCCAAUCUUUUAAAGCUCUGCCAUAUGUUUGCCUUCUUAUUGCUAUGCUAUUCUUUAUCUAUGCUAUUAUUGGAAUGCAGUAUCCAGAAGCUUCCAAAACUGUGGGAGUGAUUUAAUGAACUGAAGGGGAACUUUAUGGGAAAUUGAUGCAGGUAUGGAUUUUUUUAAUUGUUAUUUUAUAAUUUAUGAAAAAAUUGCGGAUACUUUUUAAAAGCCCUAAUAUUUACAUUAAUUUUUUUUUGUUAGAUGCAUUUUAUGUUUUUUGGUUAUUUUACAUUUUACAGAGUAAUCUUAAACUAGUUAUUUAAGUUUAAGCAGAGUGAUUUCUCAUCAAAUUAAUUAUAAAAUUUAGAAAAAAAUUAUACUUCCUUUCCUGUCAUUAAAAAACUUUGAUAGGAUAUAUAUGUAACUAAAUAGUUACAGAAUUGUCAUAUAUAAUCUGUCCUGUAUUUCUGAUAUUAUGAUUAAAAUGAACAUAAUUUUACAAUAACAUUAGAAGAUAAUUUAGUGAUAUGAUAUAAUGAGCUAACUGAAUUUCUUGCUAUAUAAAUUAAAAUAUACUUAUCCUAAAUAACCUAUGUUAAAUUAUAAAAAAUAAUUUUUUUGAGGAACUGAGAUAUAAAAGUUUGGUGCAGAGUCCAACACAUACCUUUCAUCCAAGAAAUGUUUAAAUUAAAGUUUUUAUAUUUUUUGGUUCUUAAAAAGUUUAAUAACUUAUAUAAUAAAGUAAAUUUUUAUAUAUUUUUGGGAAACUAGUUUGAUUUUUCUUAAAGAUAUUUUGUAAAAAUACAAAUUUUAAAGUAAUUUAACUGUGUGGUUGAUAGAAGGUUUGUUUGUUCUUUUCACAUUGUUUUCUAAACAGUAACUAGAUAAACAAAUGAAAAAAACUGGAUUUUAAUAUCCUAUUGAUGACCGGACCAGUAUAGUUAAUCAAAUUUUUACUAUAUAAGGAAGCAUAUCUUUUGUUAUAUGAAAGACAAAUUGAUUUUACCAUAUUGCUUCAGUUUUGU